AAUCACAAAUUCAGAGUACACGGAAUAGUGGUGGAAGCCGUGGUGUGGAACGUACUCCUCCGUAUGCAUGUACCUCUUUGUCAGUCAAUUCCAACAGAAUCACCUUGGCAAAAUCAAAUCACAUUGUCCUUUUUUCAAAUAAAUCUUUCCAGAAACACCUUCCCUAACUCACCAGAAAAACUCGGCGAUAUUCCGCCGGCGUCGGAGAAAUAUCCUCGACGGCAGGCCAUUUUCACCGUCGACGAAGUCUUCAAAGAGAGAGAAAGUAGCAGCUCCGCCAUAACUCUCGAAGAAACUACUUCUUCUUCGUCGGAGAAGAGUUGGAGUUCACCGUCGGCUGCUACGAACUGUUCGGGAGCACCGGAAGUAAUGUUUUCAUGAGGGAUGUUCCUAGUGUGGUAGCUUGUCUAAUAGAAAACACCCCAGAGGCCAACAUUAUGAAAAUUUUCUUGCUGAAAAUCCUCCAACUUCAACGCCGGAGAAGGAAGAAAGACAAUUUUACACUUGGAGAAGGUUUGAUGCUAGUAAGUUUCAAGGUAGAGAUAGACGAGAAGUAUAAAAGUGUGAAAGAAUUGCGGGUUGCUGAUUAUGAUUGCAACGCAACGGGAAGAGUAGUACCUAUUGAUUCUUUAUUCUGGUGGCCUAUUUUGCUGCAAUCAUAUGAAAAACGCACAAGAGAUUACUCACUGGUAGAUACGCCUGAAGUGCAAAAAGGCAUGAAAUGUAUCUGUGACCUGUGCCUCUCUGAUGGUUUUGACACUGUCCCAUCACUACUCUGUGCAGAUCCAUGCUGUAUGAUUGAUAAAGAAAUGAGUGCACUAGCAUGUCUAAUGAAAGAAACCCCAGAGACGUACAUUGUAGAAAAAUUAUCACUGAAAACCCUCCAACUUCAAGGCUGCGGAAAGAACAGAGAUAACUUUACUCUUGGAGAAGGUGUAAUGCCAGCGAGCUUUAAGGUUGAGGUUGAAGAGAAGUAUGGUAGAGUGAAGGAAAUGUGGGUAGCUGAUUAUGAUGGCACCACAACUGGAAGAGUAGCACCUACUAAUUCUUGGUUCUGCUGGAUUAUUUUGCUGCAAUCAUACGACAAUUGCACAAGCGAUAACUCAUUGGCAGAUACACCUGAAAUGCAGAAAAGCAUGAAAUGGAUUGCUGACCUAUGCCUCUCUGACGGUUUUGACAAUUUCCCAUCACUACUCUUUGCAGAUGCGUACUGUAUGACUGAUAGAAGGAAGGUUUUCGUGGUGGACUUUGACGUUGUGAAUAAAAUCUUGCUGAAAACCCUCCAAUUUCUAGCUCGUGGAAAGAAGAUAAAUAAUUUUAUUCUUAGAGAAGGUGUAAUGCCACUGAUGCCAACAAGGUUCAUGCUUGAGAUAGAUGAGAAGUGUGAACAUGUGAAGGAAAUGCUAGUUGCUGAAUAUGGUGGCACCACAACUGGAAGAGUAGCACCUAUGGAUCUUGGGUUCUGGUGGAUCAUUUUUCUGCAAUCAUAUGACAAACACACCAGAGAUUACUCACUGGCAGAUAUCCCUGAAAUGCACAAAGGCAUGAAAUGGAUGGUUUUCACGAGGGACAUUGUGAUUGUGAAAAUUUUCUUGCUGAAAACCCUCCAUAUUCAAGGUUGUGAAAAUAUAGGUAACUUUACUCUUGGAGAAGGUGUUAUGCCAGCAAGCCUCAAGGUUGAGAUAGAUAAAGAGUGCCAAUGUGUGAAGGAAAUAUUGGUAGCUGUUUGUGGUGGCACCGCAACUGGAACAGUGGCACCUACUGGUUUUGGGGUUCUCGGUGAUUAUUCUGUUGCAAUCAUAUGAAAAACGCACAAGAGAUCAUCCACUGGAAGAUAUGCCUGAAGUGCAAAAAGGCAUGAAAUUGAUCCUUGACAUUUACCAGUUACUACUCAGUGCAGAUGCAAGUUGUAUUAUAGGUAGAAGGAUGGUAAUAUAUGGGUAUCCAAUUGAGAUUCAGACUCUAUUGUUUUUUGCAUAUAGAUGUGCUAAACACAUGUUGAAAGAUGUGCUCGAGAACAAAGAAUUGCUGGAUAAGAUCAAACCACUUAGUUACCAUAUUGGAACCUAUUACUGGCUUGAUUAUACCCAGCUGAGUAACAUAUACUUAUACGAAACAGAAGAAUACUCUCACACUGCUUUAAACAAGUUCAAUAUAACCCCGGAGCCAAUUCUGGAUUGGUUGUUUAAGUUCUUGUCCUUACGAGGUGGUUAUUUCAUCAGCAAUGCCAGCCUUGCCUGCAUGGACUUCAGGUGGUUCUUCCUUGGGAACUGCAUUGCAAUCUUAAGCAGGCGUGUGAUACCGAUACAAGCAUCAGCAUCAAUGGACUGCAAAGAAUUUUACAGAAAACGCAGCUCUACCAUAACCAUUGAAGAUGCUACUGCCUCGUGGGAGAUUCAUCAGAGACUGUUUUUGGAAGAAACGCUGCAUCCGGAUUCUGUUAUACUGAAAGCAACGAUGUUAUUAGGUGUUCACCCUUGGCUAAGAACCUCAAGAGCAUUGAAGGAAGCACCUGCAACAUGCAUACUGAAGGCAACGAUGUUAUUGGAAAUCAUCAGCAACAUGUAGCAGGGCAUAUUAUAGUGGAGGAAGCUCGUUCUAAUGCUGAGGCUCUGAAAUAUCACCCGGAGGUUCCCUUUCGCCAUGGUCGCCAGCUUUUGGGUCAGUCGUCUUCCGAAUCGUCUUCCAUAUCCAAGGGUGUAUGGGAAGGCUUAGCAAUCUCCUCCCUUUCCCUAUUAGGAAUCAUUUUGCUGAUUAUUUUGUUAGUGCUCUUCUUUUAUUACCGUAGAAAGAAGAAGGGCAGUGUAGAUGUUGGUGUAGGCACUCAUCUAUACGAAGAGUUGGCGGAAGCAACUAAUCAGUUUGAUGAGAAUAGAGUAAUAGGGAGAGGGGGAUUUGGGGUGGUGUACAAGGGAGAAUUGGCUGGGAUGGAGGUGGCUGUUAAAAGAAAGCGGGAAGAUAGCACCCAAGGGCUUAAUGAAUUUCAGGCUGAAAUUCAAUUAAUGCCGUAUCUUAAUAAUGCCAAUAUUGCUCAGAUUGUAGGACAUUGUACUACUCAGACGGAAAAGCUUAUUGUAUAUCGCUAUUAUCCAAACAAAACAGUAUAUCAUCAUUUACAUGAUAAUAUUGAAUCAACAUUGAAUUGGAAACGGAGAUGGAGAAUCGCGAAUGGCGUUGCAGAGGGGGUUGCCUACUUGCACAGUAGGGAGGGCAAACCAACAAUUAUCCAUCGCACUAAGUACUGAACUUGUGCCUUGUUUUGAGACAUUAAUGGGAAUAAUUGUAGAACCUGAUUUACCAGCAAGCAUGAACUUUUUGAACCAAACCUUGAAGGGGGAGCAUAUAGAGUCAAGCUUAGCAGUAAGAACUUUAGGGCACUGGAAAACCUGCAUGUAAUAUCUAGGAAUAGCAAGGAGGGAAGAUUGAAUAAAAAGAGCCUGACUCGCUUUUGACAGAGUGUUCGACUUCCAAGAGGCUAAUUUAGAACUCAAUUUAUCAAUAAUAAAAGAAAGUUUAGCUCUAGACGGUUUCCUGGCUUGAAGGGGAAAUCCCAAGUAUGUACCAAGGCUGGAGGAAUAUUUGAUUUGCAGCUGCUGCUCAUACUCGUCAAUGAUUACCACAUUUGUAUUUUUUGAAAAGACCAUGGAACUUUUUUCUGGGUUUGUUAUUUGGCCAGACAUAUCAAAAAAGGAGUUGAGACAAGAGUUUAUGGAUUAACAUUACAUCGUCCGCAAAGAGAAGGUGAGACAUCUCGGUUUGACCCCCUCUGACUUUGAAGGGAGUCAAGAUUUAUUGUCAAGAAAUUCAACGGGUCCCCUUGGCGGAUCCCUCUGGUGGGUUUGAAAGGAGAAGAGUGACUUUCAUUGAUAAUGAUUGAAGAAGACCCGGAUGAGACACAAGUCAUAAUGAGAGAGAUAGUAUCUUGAUCAAAAUCAAAGAAUUGGAGACACAGGUGAAUGAACGGCCACUCAAGCGUGUCGUAGGCCUUUUCAAGAUCAAGUUUAAUCGCAAAGAACCCCUUCUUACCUUUGUUUUUAUUCAUAGAGUGUAGAAUCUCAGUGGCAACAAUGAGAUUGGACUCACAACUCCUGCCAGGGAUAAAACUACAAUGAAGAAGCGACCUAAUUCUUUGAAUAAGGAUUUUCGUAAUGACUUUGUAGCAAGUGUUUAACAGGCUUAUGGGUCUGAAAUUUGAGAUCUUGACCAGCUGGUUAACUUUGGGGAUAAGCACAAUAGAACACUUGUUCAUA